CAACUCUCUCAUUUGACAAACACAAAUUCCUUUCUUUGGAAAUUUUACAGAGUGCUGUCUAAGGCAGUAUCUCUUACUCUCUGAGUCUCUUCCUUCUUCGCCAAAAUCAAAACUUUCUUUGCAAUAAAAUUAAAAUUAAAAAAAUAAAAAUAAAAUAAUGUGUAAUCCAAGUACAUCUCCUUCGAAUAAUCAAAAUCCUAUACUGGAAAAACCACCCCAUCAUUCACAAUCCCAUUUCUCAAGCAUAUAUUUGGAUCUUCUUUCUUUAACCAAUCUGAAAGAAAAAGAAAGAGAAAUAGAAACACCUAUUCUCAACAUUGCUAAGGAUGUUGAUGAAAACAAUUAUGAUGGUGAUAAUUCCGUGUCCGUAUCCGUAUCCGUUUCCGUUUCGAGUUCCCAUCACAAUAACCCAUCAUUGUUAUUUUUUCUUACCAUACCCGACGUGGUUAGAGAAAGUCGUUCACUCUUUUGUUUGGCAUUCCCCAUACUCUUAACCAACCUCAUCUUGUACUCCCGGUCUAUGCUGUCCAUGGUUUUCUUAGGCCGAAUCGGAGACUCCGAGUUGGCAGCCGGUUCGUUAGCUAUUGCCUUUGCUAAUAUAACUGGUAAUUCGGUGUUUGCCGGUCUAGCAUUGGGAAUGGAACCCUUGUGUUCGCAAGCAUUUGGUGCUAGUAAACCAAAGCUAUUAUCUCUUACCCUUCAACGGUGUGUUGUUUUCUUGUUACUUUGCUGUUUACCAAUUUCAUGGUUUUGGUUGAAUAUGUCCAACAUUUUGGGUUAUAUUCACCAAGACCCCAAUAUUGGUAAAUUAGCUCAUGUUUAUAUCAUUUUUUGUCUUCCUGACCUUUUCACCAAUUCUUUACUUCAUCCCAUUAAGAUUUACCUUCGUGCGCAAGGCAUCACCCGCCCUCUCACCUUUGCGUCCUUAGCCGGGGCGAUCCUUCACGUCCCCAUCAUGUUUUUCCUUGUUGGCCACCUCAACCUCGGGAUUGCUGGGGUGGCCGCGGCCACCUCGGUGUCCAACCUCGUAUCACUAGUGGUGCUAGUGAUGCAGGUUUGGCUCGGCGGGCUGCACACUCCUACGUGGAGCCCGCCCAGCCGCGAGUGUUUCAGGGAUUGGUGGCCGCUAAUCCGGCUAGCCGUCCCCAGCUGCGUCUCAGUGUGUUUGGAGUGGUGGUGGUACGAGAUCAUGAUCGUAAUGUGUGGUCUACUCGCGAACCCCACUGCUACGGUAGCCUCGAUGGGUGUGCUCAUCCAGACCACUGGGUUGAUCUAUAACUUUCCUGCCGCGCUCAGUAACGCUGUCUCGUCUCGUGUCGGGAAUGAACUUGGUGCCGGCCGUCCCGAACGGGCUAAGCUUUUGGGUGUCCUUGGGGUUGCUUGGGCUUCACUAAUGGGCCUUGCUGCUAUGUUGUUUGCUUCAGGGGCAAGGAAUGUGUGGGCGACGCUGUUUACCGGAGACCCCGAGAUCCUAGCCCUCACGGCGGCAGCACUACCAAUUUUGGGCCUUUGCGAGCUCGGAAACUGUCCACAAACAGUAGCAUGUGGGGUGGUCAGGGGCACAGCCCGGCCAACAACAGCUGCAAAUGUUAACUUAGGGGCCUUCUAUGCGGUGGGGACACCAGUAGCGAUUGGGCUGGCUUUCUAUCUUGGAGUUGGGUUUCGUGGGAUCUGGAUUGGGCUUUUGUCCGCCCAAAUAUGCUGUGCUGGGUUGUUGUUGUAUGUGGUUGGGACCACAGAUUGGGAUUAUCAAGCAAAAAGGGCCCAGUUGCUGACUCAAUGUGGUGGGCCUGGGCCAUCAUCAGAAUCAACAGAUGCCGUUGAUGCAACCUUGAUCUUUCCUAAUAGUGAAGGUGAUUAUAAUAAAAUUGCAGAUCAAACUGAGCCGUUCAUUUGCAUCUUGGUGGCUUCAUCAUAAAGUUCUGUUUAAUCGGUGAUGAAAAGCAGCAUUAAAAAAUUAAUCUAAUUGAUUUUUUUUUUAUUUUUUUUUUAAAUUUACAUAACUAUCUAUUUUACCAUAUUUUUUUGGCCCAACCCAUCUUAGGGUUUGCAUGAAUUAGAUUUUUACUUUUUUUUGUUUCAAAUAGUUUGGAGAGAUGGGCUUUUAGAGUCAAGUGUAAAGAGGAUUGGAAACAAUUUGUUUUUCAAUUUCCUUUUUAAUGCUUUUUUUCCCAUCUCCAUUAAUUGUACUUUGAAGUAAGAUUGUAAUUAAGAUCUUAAAUGUAGUUUGCAAUAUUGUGUUGACCAUUGCAUGUAUAACUUAAUGCAUAUUUCAUUAAUAUAUUUCUAUGUUUUAGUCAUA